AUGGCACGGCUUAAUCAGGACAGAUUUGCCGGAGGAAGUCUUACUGUCAGCUACCUGUCUGAAGGCUUCAACUUCGACUACGGUGUCGACACCAACAUCACUCUAAUGACCUCCAGCUACGCAUUGGUCGCCCAAGUGCGACGCGACGACGGAACAACAGCCGACCUUACGUUUCUGGCCUCCCGAGAGGUGGGGAGCGAGAGCAGGACGGUCCGGCUGGCCGCGGCGCUCGGUCUGGACGAGACGGACGCGCACACGCUGGACGCCAGUCUUGACCUACCCAACUACCCAAGCACGCGGCUGAGUGGCCGGCUGGCAGCCGGCAGUGGCGGCCGCUACCUGGUCAGCGGCCAGCUGCAGCGCGGCCCGCACGUCUACAUGAUCAGCGGCCAGUACCGCUACGAGGCCGAGCACGUCCUGGAGCUGCGUGCUCGCCUGCCGCGGCGAGAGUACACCGGCACGCUGUCGGCCCGCACCGAGGGCGGCAACUAUAAGGUCAAGGCCGACCUGCAGCUAGGCCGCCGCAUCAUGACCGUCGUCAGUGUGCGUCCAGGUGGUCCGGAAAUGAACGCCAACUUUGAGCUGUUCUGGAAUAAAGACGUCGAUGAUAGUCAACACAUAAUCAUGGAGAUCUCAAGGCGGGGUUACGACCUGUCGGCUAAGCUACGGUACCCUGGCCGUCAAGUCCAGCUGCUAGCCGGUUUGACUUCAAGUGGCGAUGCGCUGCCACGGCCGACGGACCCGCGGGCCGGCCACCGCUGCGCCUCCUACUGCCUGAGCGCCGACAACAGCAAGUUCGCCUACACGGCCGGCCAGACGUACGUGUAUGCAUACACCUCCGAUGUUGUGACGACGCUAGCCGGCGCCACGGACGAGGCGUCGAGGCUGCACGUGAAGGCCACGGCCGAGAUCGCGGCCAACUCGGCCUGCGACUUCACGCUCCAGUUGAGGGAUGUCACCCUUGAGGACUCGGAUCCGAAGAACGUAGAUCGUCGAAGGCAUGUGGACGAUAUGGCCUCCUUCAAAGACGAGCUGGAGAAAUAUCCGCUGUCCUUCAGUUACCAGGACGGCCGAGUGGAGGAGCUCUGCUCCAGUCAAUUUGAGUCUGUAUGGGCGCUGAACUUCAAGCGCGGCCUUCUCUCGGCCACCACGGACGUGUCCGGCUACUGCUCCACCAACUACACUGUCCGCAACUUGGGCGACAUCACCGCGGUAAUCAAGACCAAGGAACUGCUGACCUGUCGGGAACGCGGCCACCUCGUGUCCUCACUUCAAACGACACCCUACCAUUCGGCCUCCAACAUUCAGUCCAUGCCGUUGCUAAGGAGCACCCAGCGUUGUCGGCAGGCAGUGUCGGCUGGCCGGCUACUCACAGUGGUUUGCCAGGAAGAUCACCUGUUCCGGCCGUUCUCCGGCGGCGGAAACGGAGCGGUCACGCGCACCACCCUGACACUGACUGAGAUGAACGUCCGGCCCACAGUUCACACCCGCCAGCACGAACCGCUGCGAGUGCGCAGUAGCGCCAUGUUUGACCACUCGGCGCCAGAGCUGAAGGCGGUGGACCGUGCGGACGCGACGCGCCUCUUGCUGGCCGAAAUGCAGCGGCAGACCGCUGAGGACGUGCGGCGCGAGGUCCCUCGCCUCUUCACGCAGCUGGUGCAGACACUGCGCCAAGCGGACGCGGCCAGCCUCGCCCGCCUCCUGCGCGAACAGACGCAGCAGACGACGCGCAAGUACCUGAUGGACGCCCUGCCCAUGCUGGGCACUGCCGCCGCCCUGGUCGUCAUGAGGGACAUGGUGAUGCUCGGGCAAGUCGCUUCCGAGGAGACCGACCGCUGGAUGACGUCUCUUGCCUUUGUGCACGAGCCGCGGCUGGACAUGGUGGAGGCGGUGGCGCCGCUGCUGGCUGACGCUGGUGUCAGGACGCAGACGCUGCUGGGCGUCUCGGCCAUGCUGCACCGCUUCUGCCGCGCCGAUGUUGACUGUGCCCAGCGGCCAGCUGUGAGGCAGGCCGUAAGCAGCAUCGAGCAGCUGCUUGGUGGCGACUGCGCGUCCGAAUCCAGGGGAGGCAGGACCAGGGUCCUGGCAGCGCUGAAGGCCCUGGGCAACGUUGGACUUCUGAUUCGCGGCGAGGGUGUCCUUCGCGCUUGCUUCGCGAGUAAGGACGACGUCGAAACUCGCCUCGAAGCCAUCAGGGCGUACCGGAGGAUGCCGUGUGCCGUGGUAAGCAACAGCGGGCUAGUGCACACCUUCGCCAACCAUUUGGAGAACAGCGAGGUUCGCAUCGCCGCCUACUUGGCUGUCACGCAAUGUGCUACCCACGAGGUUGUCGACAAGCUAAUGGAAAUUCUAUCGAAGGAAACUGUCAACCAGGUAGGAAGCUUUGUGUGGACACACAUAACCAACAUGCAAGAAACCAAUGACCCCAGCAAGCAGUACUUGAAGUCGCUUCUCUACAAUGUGGAGCUAUCAAAAAAGUUUGCCACCGAUGCAAGGAAGUUCUCACGAUAUUAUGAAAAAUCAGCAUUCUUUGAAUCCGUGAAUGCCGGAGGGUCAGUGGAGGGCGCCGUGGUGUUUUCACCAGAAUCGUACAUACCAAGGUCCGGCAUGCUAAACCUCACCGUCGAUCUCUUUGGCGAGGCCAUCAAUCUAUUGGAGGUCGGUGGCCGCGUGGAAGGCCUGGAGCACUAUGUUGAAAACCUGUUUGGGAACAAAGGUCCGUACCCACAGGAAUCCAUUAGCCAGAUCCUGCGGGCGAUGAGGGGUCGACCGAGCAGCAAUGACAUCACUAGGCUCUCGGAUGCCUAUAACGCCGCCAAUGACGCGUCUGGGUCGUUUCAUGCAUCAUCGUACGUGAAGAUCUUUGGCAACGAACUGAGCUUUGGCACAUUCGACGACCUCAGUGCUCUGGUUCGUGCUUUGGGCGACGACGGUCCAGUAAGCUUUCUGCAAAAGCUGGCAAAGGACAGAGACUGGACCGAUAACUACCAGUUCCUGGAUACGAGCUAUACGAUUCCCACUAUGACCGGUCUUCCCUUCAAACUGCGAGCCGUGGGGGCCGCCACUGUUACACUGAAGACGAGUGGACGCUUCAACAUUGAGUCAUGGAAUAAGAUGAAUAUCGAAGGGUUUAUUAAACCUUCUGCUGCCGUGGAAAUUGCCGCUGAAAUGAGCGUAGACGCCCACGUUGCUCGCACUGGACUCAAGAUGAACACAAAUCUUCACACAUCGACCGCUCUGGACGGACAGGUGGUCAUUGAUUCGGCUAAAAUUGUGUCAAUCAAGAUGAACAUGCCUAAGGAUAAGGUGGAGAUGCUAGAUGUCAGAACAAGCUUCCAUAGCGUUUACCAGAACCAGGAGAUACCACUGGAGACGACCAGCAACAAGGUCGAAUAUGGCGCCUGCUCAGAGGCUUACACCGCAGCCGCGCUUGGAGUCAACAUAUGCUCAGAAAUCUGCUACCCACUGCCCGCUGCCAGCGGUGCGAGCUUUCUGCUGACGGGCCCUCUGACCGCUCGCAUCACCGUGGAAAAGACCGACACUGUCAAGGCGUUCAUUUUCGAGUACCGACACUCGAACGAGGCAGGGGUGAGGAAAUCCAGCCUGAUGCUGGACACGCCGGGGACCACCACCAAUCGGCACAUAAACCUCGACUACAUGAUCAACUUCCGGAACAAGGCGUUCCGCGUCGGCAUCAUCACUCCCGUGAAGUCGGUGGAACUCGCGGGAAGUCUCGACGUGGCGACUGAGAGAAAGCACGCUGCUCUGCAGCUAGAUAUCGACCGGCGGGAGAUCUUCGGUGUCGCCGGCAGUCUGACGAAGAACGACACGCUGCGGGCUGUCGAGUAUCAGCCUCUGGUCGUGAUCCGGGGCUCAUCCGGGCCGCUGUUUCGCCUCAAAGGGGAAGUGCUUGUCAAUAAGGACAAACCCAAGUACGCCGUCCGCCUGCGCGCCAACACUCUGUACAACUAUCCGAUCGUCCUUACUGGUUCUGUUGACGAAGAUGACGGCAUGUAUAGCAUUGCCACAUCCUUAAGCUCGCACGCUCUGACCGGAACUCUGAACGGGAUGUUCCGCCACGACGGCACGAGCCUCGUGCUGCAGACGGCGACAGAGUACAGCGUUCUAGAUGGUCCCACGCGGACCAUCUCCCUCAACACGAAGAUGGACAAGGAAGCUCUCGGCGAACAGACGUUGUACAAACUUUCCAUGGAGACAAAGUUGUCGGCGCUGCCGCUCCUCGACACGGAGCUGAGAGCGGAGCUGGCCAGGUCGCCAGGCCAGCACCGCGCCACGGCGGAGCUGAUGCUCGGCCAGCGCCGAUAUCAGCUCAGCGCCGGCCUCGGUGACCAGCGCGGCAGGCGGUUCGGCGAGAUUGCCUUUCAGGCGGCGCACAUGGACGUCGACUUCAAACUGGCCACCGAAUGA